ACGACACGUUUUACGACAUCGCUAGUUGCAGAAGUAUUGCUGCAGGAUUUCAUCGAGUUUCAUCAGACCACUCAGCAGACGACCUCGCCAGCCUGCGGCUCCACCGCACAUUCGCCCAGGAGGCUCGAGCGUCGCGAGUCGCGCUUGCUGCCAGGAGGCGAGCUACUGCCGGAUCAGAAGAGUUCUCUAGUACUGAAGAACAAGAAGGAGACACCAAAAUACUAGGCUCGGCGUCCUGCCUCGCUGCUUUUCUGUGCAAACUAUCACAAUUGCACACAGCCAAGGCGCGCAAAAAUAUAAGAAAUAAUAUGGCUUCUCCAGCACGCGCCAUUCUCUUUCCUGCGGUAGCAGCGCACGAAAAUCCUAAUAGUAGGACCACUUCGACUUCGCUGGUGGGAAAUUCACGUGCAGGAGAUGUUGAGCAUGACACUAGCCACAACAUAUGUGGGUCCCUGCUUUGCAGAAAGCGCAUGCUAAGCGUCAUCACGUGCCUCUUGAAAUUAUGGCACCUCCACAGCUCCCUUGAUGAUAUCUACUGUCUGAUAACGUUGUUCUUCUUGAUGGUAGAUGAUCAAGACUUCUAUUAGACAAUUCUGCUCUGCUCUAAGGGUGCCUUUCUUGCUCUGGGCGCGGCGUUCUGGUCGCUGUAUCCGACGGUUUGUACGGCGAAUACGAGACGUUUUACGACGCUGUUCAAAAGCCAGGGUGUGGGAGAAGCAGUUCAUUGUUGCUUCGAUCUGUACCACUUGUUACUUGGCCCUCGGAAACUAUUAAGGUUUGGAAGUCGAGCCAUCGAAGUAAGACUAACACAGAGCAUAUCAAUAUCUAGUAUGACGUUUUCCUUUUCAUCAAGGUGGAAAAUAAUAGUGACAGAUAUUUUUAUGUGAAUGUGUAUGUGAGCAAGAUAGGUCAACUUGCAACCCCAACCCCUAACACUACUUAGCGCGCUUAUUGUUCGAACAAGGAUCUUCGGAAGAAUCCGGAGAGGCAGGCUUGACCGAUGCGAAUCACGCGAGCCAUUCUGACGAUCCCUUUUUUAACGGUGGAAGCGUUAUCACUGCGCUGCUGCUUAGCCUCGGCGCCACUUUGUGGUUUCAAAUUUCCUACUUGGUCGGCAGCAUAGUAGAUCUUUACUACCCGCUCGAGGCGUACGUGCGGCUGCGAGACUUAGAGAAGCUGGAUAUCGGCUUCCAACGAUUGUCGCGCCAUACCAGCAUACCCCUCAGCAUGAUGAGAGCUGAGCUGCUACGCCGUCAUGCCUUCCUUCAGCGGCGCAACGCCAGGAGGGGUAGAGAAGAACGGAGAGUAGAGCGUGGACAAGAAAUAUCAGGUCUCCUUCUGGGUAGAAGUGGAAGUCGAGGCUCUCGUAAUUUCGAAGAUUGGAACUACAUUCCUGGGCAAACUGAACAAGAAGCUACCUCUAUAUCUGGUUUACCGUUAUCUUCUUCUUCUUCGAGCUAUGCUGGGAAUCCUAACGAAAGGACCAGGACGGAGCGCGGAGAUCAUUUAGCGGGGGUCUUGUUGCCGAGUGACCUUUUCCGUGUUGCUGGCGUCCACAGGUAUGGCCCGGCUUCAUACGAGUUGCGUAGCCUAUUGCGGCUCAUUGGACACCCGCAGGAACCACGGGAAGACAACGCGGCCAGGACAAGAAUCUUAGUCGCACAACAGGACGCCAGGACGAGGAGAAAGGCAGACCACUUACUUGAACGAGGAGGAGAACCGGACAUGGUGGACAUCAUGGCGGAUGUGAAUGUGGGCAGAAGCAGCAUUGUAGGAGAACGCGACCACGGCACUCACCUUGCGACGAGAGUGCUGGAGCAGGAAACCCUGCAAAAUGUCAGGGGAAUGGGACAACACAAUGCAGGUGGACGUCGGAUGAGCAGCUCGUCCACUGGUUCAGCGUCGAGGGCCGAAGAGUCGUGGUCGACUCAUCCAGCUGUUGCAUCCCUUCCCGCAGCGGUCCCGAAUACUGCUCGCCCAGGAGAGCCUUGGAUCGACGGUGCGGGGAAUCACGCGCCAAUACAGGCACAGAUAUCGACUUCUGCUUCUGGGCGACCAACAAACGGCGCAGCACCAGUCGCUGGACCUCGAGUUGCAACAGAAAGUUCCACUGCUCGAAUUGCACCAGUCGCUGAACCUGGUGGAACAAGGGUAGAUAUUGAUUACCACCGGAUCGAAGAUCAUCGAGUAGCUGCACAAAGGGGACUUUUACACCGGCUAGAAGAGAUUAACGGAGGACCACAAGAACGACCUGUUGAUUUACAAGAACGGGGGUCAGAUGAAACUGAAACUGAAUUCGAGAGGAUCUUUUCAGCAACUCCCAGUGCUUCCCGUACACCUCCAGUGAACCAGCUGGUGGAUUCUACUAAUCUUCGACGAGGACGUUCUGCAACAUAUUAUGCUACUUCUCUUUUGCGGCAUGUGUUCGUGGACCGUCUGCAAUGUUGUGCCGGCUCUUCGUCAUCCUCAUCCUCGUCGGGUGACGAGUCUUUCCACCUGUCAGAUGCCUGGCCCUCGCCGGAAGCCGAGGAAAGUAACAUGCAGCAUACUAGAUCGGAAGCCGAGGAAAGUAACAUCCAUACUAUUAAGGGCUGAAACAUUUUUUUAUUUCUACAUGCGUUUUUCUCUUAGCAUGGCUAUCGAAAAAGGAAAUGCUUCAACCUCUAAUGCUACGCCUUACCCUCCUUACCCUCAAAACCCAGCCUUAAACUCGGUUGUGCCACGAAGUGUAAGGGCUGGGACUGGUGGGAUAUUAGAUCACAAUCUUUUUCGUCCCAGUGACGGCCGCGAACAUUACAAUCAUAAUCUUCCUGGUCCUGGUCACGGAGUACCAGACCCACGAGCAGCAGGAGCGGCGGGGACGCCACAGCCACAGAUAGUGGGAGCCCGCUUGUUGUUACCCCACCACGAAGUACACGAAAACGAUCAACAGCAACACGAACACCCUGUUUCUGAAUUUGAAAGACAGCGGCACGAUCAGCAAGACCCUGCUGAACUUGAAAGACAUCGCUUCAAACGGCGACGACGACGUGUGCGUCGGAGCGUUCGAGAGGAGGCAGAUGACCUGUCGGUCUUCCGCUGUCUGUUGGCUAACAGCAGCCACUAUUAAGGCCAAAAGUCUCAGUAUAUUUUAACCACUAUGUAUGAUCACCAAUCUAGUAGGCGUAGUGGUCCAUACAUAAUUGUAUACACAGCCAAAAGUAGAAGAAGACAUGAAUUGUUCGCCCAUUGUUUCUUUUUUCGGGUUCGGGGAUCGAUGCAGUUCAAAAAACUCCGGAACUUCUGGUUCUGAGGAGGAACCGCUGUGAAGAAAAGGUCUAAGAAUACUUCCCAGAGGAGCUACGAGACGAAGAGGACCUGCGUGAAUUCGAGAAAUUCGUACGGAUAUCCCGGAAACGUCUGCGCUUGCGUCGCGGGUGGAUCGGUCGUGCUUGCGACGGCACUCUUGUCGCUCUUCACGCGGCUUUCGGCGCUGCACUUAGUCAGUGUCCGCUAUUGAAUCGCUGCUCCCGCUUUUUGGCUCGCUGCGGGCGCUGCGGACGGCAAGCGGACAGUGGGACUGCUCCUUAGGUUAUAUUUCAGUCAACACAAAGACAAAGACUAGCGAUCGUUUCAUUUUGUUAUUUCCAACUCUUUCACUUCAUCUCGCCAUAGGGACGUUGAGACAAAGAAGAUCAUGAUCACUAUCUUCAUAAUAUAUUUUCGCCAUGUUUUCAUGCGCUUAUUUAAAAAUGGUACUAGUUGCCAUUGCUUCGAAUUGUGUUGAGAUCAUAAUCUUGAAUCUCUGCUGCAAUUGGCAGCUUGUUGUAGUACAAAUUUUCGAGAGUACUAAUAUAGCCAUCCAUGAAGAUAUUCAUAGUUACUCAAAUUACUUUAUACAUAGGAGUUGACUUUUUGCUGGCGGAUGCAUACAUAGGAGUUGAUUUGUUGGCGAGUAAUCGGAACCCUAUAGUUCCCAUUACUUAGUUCCGAUUACUCUUGCCGUCUGUGAAUCAUACAACUCUGACAUUUGUUGUAACUCAAGUGCUUCGUAUGUUACUAUUAGGCGUUUAUCAUAUACUCGAGAUGUCUCCUCAACGAUCGCAGCAGCCAGAGACGCGUGGAUUAGUAGCGAAGUUUAUUCCUAUUCCAUACAUAUUCGAGAUGAAUACUUCUGGGCGUUGUAUAUUAACAGAUGGAUGAGAAUUUUUCUCCAAAAUUCUGAAAUGUUCAUGGAAGUUCAAUAAACCCUUUUAUAUCUUUAUCUAUUCGAAAUCUUGAAAUAACUGAGUAACAAACACAAUGACCGAGCACCUGAGAUCUUCCGGUUCAUCGAAUA